AUGCUUUAUUUUCUUAUAUCUUUGGUAUCCUUUCUUAUGAUCCUUUCAAAAUCAUUUACAAAUAAACCACUUUCAUCAAAUGGGACAAAACUUGUUUCAAAUGUGUUUUGUGGAAAGCUUUUUAGUUUUCUAGCUUCUAGGAUCAAAACAAGAACUAGUUUUCAAGCUUUUAGUUUUAUUCAACUUUCUCUUUUCAUUCAAUCACCAAACAAGAGUUUGGUACUAUCUAAAUUUGAAGAGAAUCAAAGAAAAGUUUCUCUCUUGGAUUUGCAUGAUUUGCCACUAGAUUGCAUCCUUGGAAAGCUUUCACCAAGUGAAUUAUGCAAUGUGGCAAAAGUUUGUAAAUCUCUUAGAAAAAGUUGUAGAAGUGAUUAUUUAUGGGAGAAGCAUAUGAAGAUGAGAUGGGGUAAAGUGUUUGGUGAUGCUGCUUAUAGAGAAUGGAAAUGUUAUGUAGCUUCAAGGAACAUAGAGAAGAGAUUAAAUCAACACAAGAAUCAGAAAAACAUACUUCAUGAUUUUCUUCACUUGUUUUGGAUUAAAUCAAAAGCAGAAAAAGAUAUGAAGUUAAAGCUAGAUGAUUCUAUUGCUUCUCUUUAUCUUUCUCUUGAGAAUGGAAAUUUUUGGUUCCCUGCUCAAGUUUAUAACCGUGAGAAUGGUCAUGCUGGGUUUAUGCUCUCAUGUUAUGAUGCUCAACUUUGCUAUGACUCUAGAACUAAUACUUUUCAAGCAAGGUAUUCACCUCAUGGUAGAUGGACAAUAGAGGAAAACAUAAAAUGGGAGAGGCUAAGAGUGCCACCUAUUGACUCUUGUUCACAUGUUCUUCAUAUUUCUGAUUGCUUAAAUGAUUUAAAGCCCGGUGAUCAUGUUGAAAUCCAAUGGAGAAGAAAUAAGGAGUUCCCUUAUGGUUGGUGGUAUAGUGUGAUUGGUCAUUUGGAAACAUGUGAAGGAGAAGGAAACCAUUGUCAAUGUGACAAUAAAGAUAUAGUGAUUUUGGAGUUCAGACAGUACACAGCUGGUUCAAGAUGGAGAAAAACAAUGAUAAAUAGAAAGAAUCAUAGAGAAGAAGGAAAUGAGAUUGAAGGUUUUUAUGGAGGGAUCAGAAAGUUACAUAGCAAGGAGGAAAUUACAAAGUGGAAGAAACUUUGGCCAACAAAAAAUGUGGAAUAG